CCACUCGGGGCCAGAAGGCCUCCCGUCCCCAUGGCAGCGGGCCCCUUGGAGCAGCAGCUGAGCGGCCUCACCAUCUUCAGCCGUGAUGAUUUUGAGGAAGAAUGGCACCGAGUAGCCAGCGGAGGCUUCAGCCAGGUGUUCCAGGCAAGACACAAGCGCUGGAGGACCCAGUAUGCCAUCAAGUGCUCCCCAGGCCUCCUGAAGGAAAACACCAGCUCUGGGGUGAGUUGCCUCUUUGAAGAAGCAGUCAAAAUGGAGAAGAUUAAGUUUCAACACAUUGUGUCCAUCUAUGGGGUAUGCAAGCAUCCCUUGGGCAUUGUAAUGGAGUUCAUGGGCGGUGGUUCCCUGGAGAAGACACUACCUACCCACAGCCUCUGCUGGCCACUCAAGUUCCGAAUCAUCCAUGAGACCAGCUUAGCCAUGAACUUCCUCCACAGCAUCAAGCCACCCUUGCUCCACCUGGACCUUAAGCCAGGCAACAUCCUGCUGGACAACAACAUGCACGUCAAGAUUUCAGAUUUUGGUCUAUCCAAAUGGAUGGAGCAGUCAACCCAGAUGCAGCACAUUGAGAGAUCAGCUCUGAGGGGCACACUUAGCUACAUCCCUCCUGAAAUGUUUCUGGAGAAUAACAAGGCACCAGGCCCUGAAUAUGAUGUGUACAGCUUUGGGAUUGUCAUCUGGGAGAUUCUUACUCAGAAGAAACCCUAUGCAGGGCUCAAUAUGAUGACCAUUAUCAUCCGGGUAGCUGCAGGCAUGAGGCCCUCCUUGCAGGCUGUCUCUGCUGAGUGGCCAGAAGAGGCCCAUCAGAUGGUAGACCUGAUGACACGCUGCUGGGACCAAGACCCCAAGAAGAGGCCAUGCUUCCUAAAUGUGACCGUCGAGACAGACAUGCUGCUGUCCCUGCUCCAAAGCCCAGUGGCAGACCCUGAGUGUGAGGCCCUGACCCGGAAGGUGUCUUGCAAGCCAUCACUGAGCCGACCACACAAGGUCAGCAGGGAGGUCAACCAGGAGCGUGCAGACUACGAUUCAGGUGACUCCUCAAAGUGGAUUCUACAGCUCUCUGACAGCAAGAGCUUGGUCCCAAGUGAUGUCUAUGAGAACAAGGUGACUCCCCUCCACUUCCUAGUGGCCCGGGGCAGCUUGGAGCAAGUGAGGCUGCUACUUUCCCAUGAGGUUGAUGUGGACUGCCAGACGGCCUCUGGCUAUACGCCGCUCCUCAUCGCCACCCAGGACCAGCAGCCUGACCUCUGUGCCCUGCUCUUGGCACAUGGUGCUGAUACCAAUCUGGCAGAUGAGGAUGGCUGGGCCCCACUGCAUUUUGCAGCCCAGAAUGGGGAUGACCACACUGCCCGGCUGCUUCUGGACAAUGGGGCCCUGGUGGAUGUCCAGGAGCAUGAGGGCUGGACCCCACUCCACUUGGCUGCACAGAAUAACUUUGAGAAUGUGGCACGGCUUCUGGUCUCCCGUCAGGCUAACCUCAACCCACAUGAGGCUGAGGGCAAGACACCGCUCCAUGUGGCUGCCUACUUUGGCCACAUUGGCUUGGUCAAGCUGCUGACAGGACAGGGAGCUGAGCUGGAUGCUCAGCAGAGGAACCUGAGGACACCCCUGCACCUGGCAGUGGAGAGGGGGAAAGUGAGAGCCAUCCAACACCUGCUAAAGAGUGGGGCGUUCCCUGACGCACUUGACCAUAGUGGCUACAGCCCACUACACAUUGCUGCAGCCAGGGGUAAGUACCUUAUCUUCAAGAUGCUUCUCAGAUAUGGGGCCAGCCUUGAGCUACCCACACAACAGGGAUGGACACCCCUGCACCUAGCAGCUUACAAGGGCCACCUGGAGAUCACCCGUCUGCUAGCCAAGAGCCAUGCAGACCUAGAUGCUCUUGGAAGUAUGCAAUGGACUCCCCUGCACCUGGCUGCCUUCCAUGGAGAGGAGGGGGUGAUGUUGGCACUUCUUCAGGGCGGGGCCAACCCCAGUGCUGCUGAACAGUCAGGCUGGACUCCUCUCCACCUGGCAGUGCAGAAAGGGACCUUCCUGGGCAUCAUCCACCUUCUGGAGCAUGGUGCUGAUGUCCACGCAUGCAACAAGGCUGGCUGGACACCUGCCCACUUGGCUGCUCUCAAGGGCAACACAGCCAUCCUUAAAGUGCUAGUCAAAGCUGGUGCUCAGCUGGAUGUCAAGGAUGGAGUUGGCUGCACACCCCUGCAGCUGGCCCUUCGUAGCCCAAAGCAGGGCAUAGUGGCCAUCCUGGAGGGCAAGGAGCCUUCGGCUAGCCAUUCUGGGAGUUUCUGA